AUGGCUACCUGCGAGGUGGACAGCGGGUGCGAGCCAAGGCGCUCCAGUGACGUCACGCUGCAGCCGCCAGUCCUUUCUGUUCACAUCAGUCCCGCCAUUUCCCCGAGCCUGCGGAGGAAACGCCUGAUGUGGCAGAACGCCAUGCGGCACGUCAUCGACCGGCACGACCUCUACCCUCCAACCUCUGACCUUGAGAGAGGUGGAGGGGGAGGAGGGACCCGGCUAGUGCUCACAGACGCUUACAUCAACGACAUCAACAGGCAGAUCCGCAACAAGGCGUCUCGGGGUGGAGCAGGACAUAAGCGGCGUUCGUCUGUAGCUCGUAUCCACCCAGCCAAUCAGGACCGAAUGUCCACGGUGACCCAGAAGAGCAGCGACUCCCUCAGUGAUGCUGACUACUUUGUCUCCUGGGGGUCUACAGUCAGAGGGGUCUUCCUGCCUGCCCUUCAUCAUACUUUCAAGUCUCCCGACCUGGAGAAGUUGUACCAGCAGCAUGCAUCAAGCCAGAGGAUAACCUCUCUGGUUUUCACUAAUGUUAUCGACAUCAUCACCAAACUACACAUCCUGGGUCUGACCCUAUGGGCGGGGCCUCAGAGCCUGGACACAGCCAAUGGUUGGCUGGUCGGCCUGUUCAUCGCUCUGGGGGCUGGACUCUGCGUGCUGGUGCUCUGUUCUAAGGGAAUGAUGUCAUCGCCAGAGUGGUUAAGGUACAUGGCUCUAGCCAGCUGGUUGUCCCAGACAGUGCAGGUGUUGGGUGGUGUUGUGGGGGGUUUGGAGAAGGACCAGGCCUGGUACGUCCUCUUCACGCUGUUCUCCACCUACACCCUCCUGCCCCUCCCCUUGCUCUGGUCCCUCUCCACCGGCCUGCUCACCGCUAUGCUGCACCUCCUGGUGGAAACUGUUCACCACUACGACGACACCGCGCUCUACAGAAAGGUUCUGGCGAAGGGCUUGUUGUACCUGGGUAUGAACACAGCAGGGUUGUUCAUCCACUACCUGUCAGACCACACACAGAGACAGGCCUUCCUGGAGACACGACGCUGCAUUGAGGGACGAGUACGCCUGGAGAGGGAGAACCAGAGACAGGAGCGCUUGGUGAACUCCAUCAUUCCGCGGUUCGUUGCCUUGGAGAUGAUCGCUGACAUGUCCAACAUGGAUGAUGACCUGAUGUCACAGCAGUUCCACAAGAUUUAUAUUCACCAGUACAAAAACGUCAGUAUUCUGUUUGCUGAUAUAAAAGGCUUCACGUCUCUGUCCAUGGUCCUGUCGGCUCAGGAAUUGGUCCGGACGCUCAAUGAGCUGUUUGGACGCUUCGACCGCCUGGCUGAGGAGCACCACUGCAUGCGUAUCAAGAUCCUUGGGGACUGUUACUACUGUGUGUCAGGAGUGCCAGAGCCAGAGACAGCUCACGCUCGCUGCUGUGUGGAGAUGGGCCUCUCCAUGAUCAGCACUAUAAAGUACGUGCGAAGGGAGCUGAAACAUGAGAUGGACAUGCGUAUCGGUGUCCACUCUGGCUCAGUGCUGUGUGGGGUGCUGGGGCUGCAGAAGUGGCAGUUUGACGUGUGGUCCUGGGAUGUGGACAUCGCUAACAUGCUGGAGGUAGGAGGGGUGCCGGGCCGUAUCCACAUCUCCCGGGCAACGCUGGACUGUCUGGGCGGGGUCUACGAGACGGAAGAGGGGCGUGGCCACGAGAGGAACGAGUUUCUACGGAAACACAAAAUCGACACGUUCCUGAUUCGCCACACGCCCAUGGAAGAGGCUCCUGCCAAGAAGGCUUGCCGGCCCAGUCGAGAUGACACCCUUAAUGUUGGCUGGAGUACUGAGCUGCCGUUUGGAAACAUAAUCGGAAUGAACUGUAUCCUGGCGACCUUCAGCAACGGCUCUCUGGCCCAGUUACCUAACCAGCUGGCGGCUCAGCGGACGGGGACGCGUGAAGUCAACAAGAGGAUCCGCCGGGCCAUCGAGGUCCGGAGCAGCGAACGCAUGAGACAGGAACACAUCACCACCUUCACACAGGAGUUCAAGGACACACACAUCGAGGGCAAGUUUUCCCAGAUGCGUGAUGAGAUGUUCAAGUCAAACCUGGUCUGCUCCUUCAUCAUGCUCCUCUGCCUCAUGGGUGCACAGACCCUCGUCCCUGCCGCAAGACUGUGUCCUAUGCUGGUUCAGUUUGGAGUGUGUGUGUGUGUGUAUGUGUUGCUGCUGGUGGUGGUCCUAGCUGAAGAGUUUAAACAGAGCCCUCUAGCGCUGCAGUUCCUGUGUUGCUGGAUCAACGAAACCAAGACUGUCAGAACACUACUCACGCUCACCGCUAUUAUCAUCAACUUUGGAGUGGCCUCAUCUGAUAUAUUCCUGGUUUUCAGUGGGGUGGUUGCCAUGGUGUCAUGUGCUGUGUUCUUCAGGCUGCAUUGUCUACUGAAGCUAGCUGUGUUACUUCUGGCUAUAACUGUCUACACGUACCUCAUAGAAGUCAGUUACCACACACUGUUUAUACGCCAGACCUCUGAAAACACCAGGCAGCAGUACCUGAGGAGGAAGGAUGUGUGUGUCCUGCUCAUGGUCAUGUUUGUGGUGGCUGUAAUUUACAACAGUAGACAGUUGGAGGCGACGGCGAGGCUGGACUUCCUGUGGCGUCUGCAGGCCAGACAGGAAGUGGAGGACAUGAAGGAGCUGAGGGAACAUAAUGAGUGUUUACUCUUCAACAUUCUGCCUUCACACGUUGCACAGCACUUCCUAGAGAGAGACCGCCACAAUGAGGAUCUGUACUCCCAGUCCUAUGAGCGUGUGGGGGUGUUGUUUGCGUCCAUCCCGGGGUUUACAGACUACUAUGAACAGAAAGAGUUGAUCCAUCAGGAUGUGGAGUGUCUAAGGCUUCUCAAUGAGAUCAUAGCUGACUUCGACGAGUUAUUAGAUGAGACAUAUUUCCAGGACAUUGAGAAAAUCAAAACCAUUGGCAGCUGUUACAUGGCUGCUUCUGGCCUCUCCCCUGAUCAACAGGAGUGUGGUGAUGAGUGGCGUCACCUCAGUGAGCUGGUGCUGUUUGCCCAGGAAAUGCAGGAGACGCUCAAACGGAUCAACACACACUCUGGAAACAGCUUUCAGCUCCGUGUUGGCGUAGCCCACGGUCCAGUGGUGGCUGGGGUGAUAGGAGCCACUAAACCUCAGUAUGACAUCUGGGGAAUGACCGUCAACCUGGCCAGCCGUAUGGACAGCACCGGGGUCAGUGGACGUAUACAGGUCCCAGAAAGUACCAGUCAUGUCCUGGCGGAGCGCGGCUUCGUUCGCGAGCUGAGGGGGGAGAUCUACGUGAAAGGUGUGAGCGAGCGGCAGGGGAACGUCAAGACGUACUUCAUGAGGAGCCGCGAAUCGUGUUCCAGCUACAUGGAGCGCAGUGUAACCCGCGGGGGUUUGGGCCUGGGAAGGAACACUCUGUCCGCUCUGGUCUUUACCCUGGUCCAGACCAGGAAGAGAGAGACACAACGAGAGGCUAACGGAGGGUUCCACCUGCUGGAGGUCUCAUAGGCCUUGGGCUGUAUAUUAUAUAGGGAAAGAAAGGGAGAGAAUUCAGGUUAUCCUCUCCUCGUUUGUUGGAUCAAAACCGCUUUCUAUGGUGGAUUACCUCAAAUGGAGAACGGGGGGGUACAGGCUUCAAGAGAGACACUAGAGGAGGGGAUCGGAAGCUCCUCUUCUGCAGAGUACUUUAUAGCAGUGGUACCCAAACUUUCUAGGUUACAGUACCGACCAACUGUAUCCUGCUCUGCCCCAAGUACCCUUAUAGUAUGUCAUGGGUCUUCUCAAAUACCCUCUGUGGAUUGGCCAACUUCCCGCUGGUUGGGAAUCACAUGGACGACAGCACAGAGCAGAAAACUGACCAGUUGACAGUUGGAUAUACUGCUGUCUGACACCAACAGAAAUACAGUGGAUUAUAUACUGCUGUCUGACACCAACAGAAAUACAGUGGAUUAUAUACUGCUGUCUGACACCAACAGAAAUACAGU